AUGCAACAACAAGCCUUUUACCCCAUGCCAUCACAAUCGCAAUUCGUGGAAGCAUCUUUCAAUUAUCAACACCAUCCAUCCUAUGCUCAUAUGCAACAACCUCCACAACAACCUCGAAAGUACAUUGUUCCAGAACAACAAACUCCUUUCCAAGCAGACCCCACAGCUCUCUAUGCCAUCAUGAAUAAUCAGCAACCACUCGAUCCCUACAGUAACCAAAGUGCCAGGUAUUCUUAUGUUCCAGGAGGCUCCUCUAAUCCAAAAACACCAGGAAAAUCUCCGUACUCUACUCACCAUAAUCAUCAGUUCAUGAUGAACUCUAAUUUGAACAAGGAGAAUGAUCAUUACAACAAUAUGAACUAUAAUUAUUCCUUAAAUUCUUCAACCUAUGCAUAUCAACAAUCCAUGAUGCAACCUAAAACACCAGGCAAAUCCACAAUGAAUGCUUCUUUUGUUUCCAGCACUGCCAUUACUCCUGGACGGACCUCACUUCGGAAGGAAUCGUUAUGUAAAACUGGAGAAAAAAAGUUUUUACACACACCAAAGAGAGCCACAGCAUCUGUUUCCAAUAACACCUCGAAACCUAAAACACCACAUCAAAACACCUCCCUUCUCAAUACAAGCAGCAUGUCCUUUAACAAUAAUAAUACCAUCUCUACGAAUAGCUCACUAAAUAAUAGUUCCAUGAUGACGAGUAAUAACACUUCGAACAGGUCAAGCAAGGUGAGCAGUAACCAAAGGGCCUCUACAAAUUCUAGUCAACAAAGUAAGAGAACCUUAGCCUCUGUGAAAGAGAAUGACCGAAAAUCUCAAAGGUCUCUUAAUUCGCAAACGAGCCGUCAAUCUCGAGUUCAUAACCAACCACCACGACAAUCUCUCAUGUCUGCUCCUUACUCGAAACGAGUGAACACUAGUAGCAACGAUGGAGUUCAUGGUUUCCUAACCAGCACUGCUUCUUCGUCUACAUUGGUCUUUGAUAAUUGUGACACUUCCAAUGAUGAUGCCUUCAUGAUGAACACUACCUUAAAUUCUUCUCAAGAGUGUUCUGAACAAGAUAUUUGUAGAUUCCUUAAUGCUCAAUUGCAAAGAAGAUCCAAGAAUGAUUUGAAGGAAAUUCUGGAACGAUACAUUGAACACCAUUUAGUGAGUCAUAAUAACUCGAUCAUGGAACCUCAAGGUACGAAUGAUUCUCUCUUCUCCAGUUCGGUGUCAUCUAAUGCCUCCGUUUACGAAAUGGAGAGUGAAGAAACGACUGGCCAAGAAGUCGAUUCUGCUUCCACACUCACACAAGCUUCUACUUUCACUGCUCCAAGCUUUAAUGCAUACCAUUCUGUUGCUUCUAAUGGUUCGUGUAACACCUCCUCAGGAUCUAACUCUCAGCAAAUUUCAAACCUUACUCAUUCAUCCUCUCGAACUUCAGUGUACUCUCAUUCUGGUCUCAACUCAUCCUUUGUAAGGUAUGAGCCAAGCGAUCUCAUCAAACGUUUAUUGAAAGAGGAGGAACAACGAUGUCAAGUGAUUUCCCAUGUUGCUGCCAACGCAGCUUGCCCUUCGUCAACUGUGUAUCCAAUGUCCAAUCUUCCACAACAUUAUAGAAGAUGA